AUGGCAUCCGAUGACUUUGAUAUAGUGAUUGAGGCCAUGCUGGAGGCUCCCUAUAAAAAAGAGGAGGAUGAGCAGCAGACUAACGAGGUUGAAAAGGAGAGCCCUAGUAACACCACCAACAGCACCAGCUGUACCGGCAGCAGUGGCAGUGGCACCAGUGGGAGCAGCGCCAGUGGGGAGGCAAGCAGGAAGAAGAGGAGUCGGAGCCAUAGUAAAAGCAGGGAUAGAAAACGCAGUCGUAGUCGAGACCGUCAUAGGCGGAGAAGCAGUCGGAGCCGGAGUCGAGAUCGGCAGCGUCGUCACCGCAGCCGUAGCUGGGAUCGUCGACAUAGUAGUGAGUCACGAAGUCGAGACCGACGUCGUGAGGAUCGUGUGCGCUACAGGAGUCCACCACUUGCCACUGGGCGUAGAUACGGACACAGUAAGAGUCCUCAUUUCCGGGAGAAGAGCCCAGUCAGGGAGCCAGUUGAUAAUCUGAGUCCUGAGGAGCGGGACGCCCGCACGGUGUUCUGUAUGCAGUUAGCUGCCCGCAUUCGGCCUCGAGACCUGGAGGACUUUUUCUCGGCUGUUGGCAAGGUUCGAGAUGUACGUAUCAUCUCAGAUCGGAACUCACGUCGUUCUAAGGGCAUUGCCUAUGUGGAAUUCUGUGAGAUCCAGUCUGUGCCACUGGCCAUUGGGCUGACGGGACAGCGGCUGCUGGGAGUGCCUAUCAUUGUACAGGCCUCACAGGCUGAGAAAAACCGACUGGCAGCCAUGGCCAACAACCUGCAGAAGGGCAGUGGUGGACCAAUGCGCCUCUACGUGGGCUCCCUGCACUUCAAUAUCACCGAGGACAUGCUCCGGGGCAUCUUUGAGCCCUUUGGCAAAAUUGAUAAUAUUGUCCUGAUGAAGGACUCAGAUACAGGCCGCUCUAAAGGUUAUGGUUUUAUUACGUUCUCUGACUCUGAGUGUGCCCGCCGGGCCCUGGAACAGUUGAAUGGCUUUGAGCUUGCUGGUCGGCCUAUGAGGGUUGGCCAUGUGACCGAGCGACUGGAUGGUGGCACAGACAUCACUUUUCCUGAUGGAGACCAGGAUCUGGAUCUGGGAUCAGCAGGUGGACGUUUGCAGCUAAUGGCCAAAUUCGCAGAAGGCUCUGGAAUCCAGCUGCCGACCACCGCGGCUGCUGCCCAGGCUGCUGCCUUGCAACUGAAUGGAGCAGUUCCUUUGGGGGCCCUGAACCCAGCGGCUUUGACUGCUCUGAGUCCGGCCCUGAACCUCGCCUCCCAGGCAAUCGCCUCCCAGUGCUUCCAGCUUUCCAGCCUCUUUACCCGCCAAACCAUGUGA